GAUGGGCCUUGAUAGCAGAAUCUUCGGCACCAUCGACUUCAAGUCUCUGUGUGUUUAUGCACUCGUCGGCAUUGUGACAUUCAUUGUCCUUGCUCUCACAGGAAGACCGAAGCAAUCCUCCAAGAAGCUGCCAGUACCAGCUCAAGGAUGGCGCCCGUUCGUUGGAAUGAUUCGAUUCUUCACCGAUCGUCAAAGCUUCGUUCUCGACAACAUUGCGGCUUCGCACACUGGCAACUUCCGGUUCAACAUAGGCCGACACAACGUCGUAUGUCUCGCUGGGAUCGACGGCCGCAAAGCGUUCUUUGAGCAUAAGAACUUGGAUCCGGAAGCUGGUUAUGCCGUCCUAUUCAACUCCGCGCCCCCUCAACCGGCAAAAUACGUGGCCUCCCGGACAGGAGCAAAAUCGUCCGAGUUCAUGGGAUGGUUCCUGCUCAAGAUCGCCCGAUUCGUGCACAAAGACUAUCUCAAUGAAGUGCUUCCCAAGCUCCUGGUAGAUGGGCGCAAUCAAUUCGAGCGGCGGAUAUCUAUCAAGGACGAUGCCACAUACGACACCAUCGAUCCGUUUGAUCAAGUAUACAAAAUUGUCUACAAGUUGACUAUUCGAACGCUGGGUCCUUCAGAUAUCGCUGACGACGAGAAAUUGACCGAGCAAACACUGCGCCUUUUCGAGAUGAUUGCCAGCUCUGCUUCCGCGGCGAAGAUUGUCUUCCCGUACCUUCCGACACCUGGGCACGUCAAGCGAAUGUACGCCGGAGCCAGGCUCUACGCACUGUUUCGCAAGCUUGUCCGAGAUCGCAAGAAGUCAGGGAAGCGUGGCUCGGAUACCCUUCAACACUUCGUUGAUGAAGGAGAAGAUGAGCUGAAAGUGAUGAAGUUCGUAUUCGGCGCCAUUUUCGCUGGACAGGUGACUACUGGGGUCAGCGCCGCCUGGAUCUUGGUGUAUCUCGCCGUCAAUCCCGUAUGGUAUCGAAAGAUCCAAGACGAGGUGGAUCAAGUUUUACAGAAAUGGGACGGAGCAGGCUCGAGGCAUAGCCCGUUCGAAGUCUUCGGGCAGAUGAGAGCAGAAGAUUGGGAAACCUCAUUUCCCCUGUUAGAGCUUUGCCUCAAAGAGACAAUUCGCUUCCAAGUCCCUACAGCCGCCAUCAGACAAAAUCUGGGCGAUGUCGAUCUCCCAAUUGGCAACACGGGCGAGAUUAUACCCAAAGACUGGUUUGCGGUUUAUCUUUUCGACGAAGCGCACUUCAAUCCAAAGAUAUUUGCCGAGCCCGAUAAGUGGGAUCCUUCGAGGUUUCUGGAAGGACGUAAAGAGCAUCUGAAGGAGCCUCAUUGCUUCACAGCGUGGGGCUCUGGUCGACAUCCUUGUGUGGGAGCGAAGUUUGCAAAGCUGGAAGUGAAAGUUAUUACGGCAUGCUUCGUGGCGUUAUACGACUAUCAUGCCGUAGGCGCGGAUGGUCAGCGCAUAUCUCACCAACCUAAAGCAGCACGAGCGAACACUCUAAGCCCAAGACCGGUGGAAGAAGUCCGGCUUCGUUAUCAAGCCCGCCGUGCUUCUCGAGAUUGA